AUGGGUAGUAUCUAUCCCGAUUACCCUAGGAUAGAAACUGUGAUUAUCCAGCUAGCUGCAGGCUUUAACUGCAGUGUUCGUAUGUUAACUGCGGGAAAUAUUACUGUGCACUCUGAAAAUACGGUUUCAUCCUACGUUGGCAAUAAACCAUCAUGGUUUAUAAAAUGUGGGGAUACCACUUCGUAUGCUAGGUUGAUGGAUCUGUUAGGUGAACAUUUGGUUGAUGCGGUAAGAUAUACUUUUGAAAAGGAUAGCUUUAGAGAUAGUUCAUUGAUGGUUGCUUGUGUAUUGUCAUCUGUAUGUGUUGGGUCCUGGAUGUUACUUCUGGUUCUAUUAUUGCUGCCUGUGAAUAAUCACAAUUCUAGGAAGAGGCUGGUGUUUCUUUAUGUGCUGUUCUUUGCUCUUUGGCAGACAAUUUUUCUACGGAAGGUUACAACAACUGUUUUUGAGAAGCAGUACAACGGGAAUUAUCAGAAUUCGCAUGAGCUACUUUGCAUGAUAUCCAGGUCGUUGUUGCUCAAAUAUUGUAGGAUUGUAUGCUCUAUAUUUGCAAAUCUAACGUGGCUUCAGAUAGUAUACUACAUGUUCCAUAAUUAUAAACAGUCUAGUAGUCGAUGGAUACCUCAUUGGCUUGACAACAAUAACAAGCGACUUAAAUGGAUUGGUUUCCCCUUAUUUAUUCUUCAUACCUUUGUGUGGGCGUUUAAUCUAUUCUACAACGAUCCUGAAUAUAAUCCAAUAAGCCAGACCUAUUCUCGGAAACGUAUGGGGCUUUAUGUCCCAUUUGUUUUUCUGGAAGCUCUUAUAUGCAUUCUAUUCUUAUUUUCCAUCUGCUACUACUUAUGUCAUGAUUUUGGUCAUACGCUCACAUACCAUCGGCAAAAUUAUGAUUCAGACGGGAAGGCAUCAUUUCUGGUUAGUAUGAAGCAUAUAUUAGAGGAUUACAAGCAAACGAUACCCGCACUUGUGUACAACUUCCUAAUAUUUCUAACAUUAAUUGUUACCUUCAUGAUCAAUUCAAUUGUGUUUCAUAGUGCCCUUUACUGGUUGUUCACAGUUGUAACAUUCCUGAGAGUAAUGAUAACAGUAAAUGUUUGGGGACUGAUAGGCAUUCUUGAAAAACGGGAACGGGUUGUGAGCAAAAUGACUGUUCUUGGCAGGAAGAUUACCAACCAUGACAGGUUCUUUGUUGAUCCACAUGUGAAAAUAGAAGAUAAUAAGCGAAACUCUGGCACUGAAGAACAGCAACGAAAUUUUGGAGCAAACAGUUUAACUGAUAAUAAUGCUUCUGGCUCUGAAUCAAACAUAUUCCACAUGUCUUUAUUCAAAAGGUUUCGAGACUGGGUAACGAGGUCGAAAACUUCGAAGACUACAAACACCAAGAGUAACACUGAAAACGCAGAAGAAGAAAUAUUAGAACUUCAGAGUUUAAACGCUAGAUCUGGAUGUGAUAGUAACGAAACAGAAUUAUUAAGGAACACAAUAUUUGGUCGACAAUCGUAG